CGAUUCCCAAUCCAUUGACAACUUGUUGUGGAAUCGCCUUGCUUGCAUAUAAAUCUAUCAAACAUGUAAGUCGCGCCUGGUAGCAGGCACCUUGCUUGUCGCGGUUAAAUACUUCAGUAAAAGUCUUACGCCGGUGUGUAUCCCAGCGGAAAGUGGAUGCUCUACUGGAAACCCGCUUGGAAGAACCUUGCGUUUGAAGUUUGGUGUGCUAUGUAUAACUUACUUGUUAUUUGUAGUAUUUAUUCUCUUUUUAUCUUUCAAAGGUGUUAUUUAUCAAGAACAGAAAGGUUAUUAGUAUGACAUUAUACGCGUUAAUUUCCGUUCUUCCGAAGUAAAAUACUGAAAGCAAACGAUUCAAAGAGAAUACGAAGACGGAGUUAUACCUACAUUUUAUGCUGCUAGUAAGUGGCGCAAGCCACGAUGUUGGUGGAGAUCUGUAUUUUGGCCUUGAUAACUGCUCUAUGGUGGCUUCGAGGUAUACUUCAAGAAUGUAAUCAGCCGACGGUUCCGGAGCUGUUUUAUAAAAAAGAGUCUCCACUUCAUGAUCAUGUGGUCCAAAAUACACCCAUCUUGAAAAAACGGUUUGUUCCACCCCUUCUGUGGGGCCGCUUUGGACAUUGGCAGACCCUUGCGUACGGAAUUUUAGGUAACCGGAAAUCGAAGCGUUGGCUACCAAAAGGAACACGGACAUCGCUGCUGUGCAAGGAUGGAGCGACAAUUACUUACGAUGUUUUCGAGCCGCUUGCCCCACAUACCUCUAAAGAAGACCUUACUUUCCUGGUUUGUCCCGGUAUCGCGAAUUCCUCGGAGAGCGUUUAUAUCCGAUCAUUUGUGCUUUAUGCACAAAAUUCCGGUUACCGAUGUGUCGUUUUAAAUCACUUGGGAGUUGUUCCCGAUGUUAAACUGACCGCACCCAGGCUGUUCACAUAUGGCGGAACGGCUGAGUAUGCCUCGAUGGUGGACGAUGUUUUAGCUAAAUAUUCCGGAACCACAGCCAUUGCGGUCGGGUUUAGUAUGGGAGCAAAUGUGGUCAGUUGCUACCUUUCGGAGUCAGCAGAAAUUCAGAAACGUUUUCUCUGCGGAAUAUCCGUGUGCCAGGGUUAUGACAUUAUCCGAUCUCGUCCAUUACUGCUGCAGUGGCAGCAGUUGCGAAGGGCCUAUAUGUUCAGUAUGACAAGAAAUAUGAAGAAGCUAUUUGCCCGUCACCGCGAUAUUUUAUUCAGCGAUGAUAUGAUGAAAACCCACCCAAAGAUCAAUAUGGACGCUGUUUUCCAAGCUACAUGUCUAGAGCAAAUAGAUGAACAUUUCACUCGCUUCGUAUUGGGAUACGAAAAUUUGGACAAGAUGUACCAAGAUCUUAGUUGUAGUGGGAAGUUGCACAUGAUAAACAUUCCUAUGGUUUUUAUUAAUGCACUGGAUGAUCCCAUUGUUCCUCCGAAUUUGUUGGAUUUUGUGAAGGAUCAUACAAGUAACCAUGAAACGUCUAUGCUCGUUGUCACACGCCACGGUGGACAUUUGGGCUUUUUGGAGGGCGAUUCCUUGUUAAUGCCAAACCCGGUGUCGUGGCUUAGCCGGUUCGUGGUGGAAUAUAGUGAUGCCGUUUUUGGACGAUCUCAAAUCCGGAAUAGUGAAUAUCCGGCAGCUGGGAACUGAACACGGAAAAAGAUAUGCCUUCAGACCAAAGAAAGCCACAGAAAAUGUCCUGACAGUCAUGCGCUAUUUGGUGCGAUAGUUUUUCAGGAACGUUGCUGCAAAGAAGCAGCUUUAUAUUUUGUUCUCUCAUUGUUAGCAUUCCUUGCAUGUUAUGUUUCAUCAUAAAAUUCAUGAUCUAAUUUGUGAUCUUUCUCAGAGGCAAACAUUCGCUGUGUAAGUGCUGCAUUCCGUUUAUUUGGUGUAGCAAUCUUAAUUCGAGUAAAACGAGAGAGUUCA